AUAUUGGCGCAGAGCCGAUGAUCGAAGGCAAUAUGCGGCGUUCCUACGAGUACACGUGAAAUAAUUUUCUUGUGAUCGCGACAUGGGCGAGCUUUGUCAUCAGCAAAGAACCUACUCGAUUGUUGGAGAGAGCUAACAAUGAUCGCAAGGUAUGUCACGAAUCCCGCCUACUAUCCAACACACUUAGACUUCAAAGGAGUCCCGAUCGAGAUUGAAAUCGGACCCGACAACGUGACGUUCCUGGAAGUCAUCGGCGAGGGGUGUUUCGGUAAAGUUCAUCGAGCUUUGUACACCAACCGCGAGGGGGUGUCCCUCAAUGUUGCUGUGAAAAUGCUAAAGGACGUCGCGUCUCCUGAAGCCAUGGCGGACUUCGAAAGAGAAGUUCUGAUCAUGGCAAAUUUCUCCCACCCGAAUAUACUCAAGCUCAUCGGAGUCGUUUACAAAGAGACGGACUCUGUGCCUUGGAUGGUUUUCGAGUUCAUGCAGUACGGAGACUUGGCCGAGUUGCUGAGAGCGAACGCAUACAAAAGAACACAGAACGACACCGGCGAAGGCGAAGACGUUCCUUUCAUGAAGAUAUCUCAGGAGGAUCUUCCGAAUAUCGCUAUGCAAAUAGCGUCGGGAAUGCUGUAUCUGUCCACGCAGCAUUUUGUUCAUCGCGAUUUGGCAACGAGAAAUUGUCUCGUAGGGGAAGGUCUCUCCGUGAAAAUUUCUGACUUCGGCAUGUCCCGCGACGUCUAUACCUGCGAUUAUUACAAGAUCGGGGGAUCCCGAAUGCUCCCCGUGCGCUGGAUGGCCCCUGAGUCCAUAAUGUACGGGAAAUUCACGCUUGAAUCGGACAUCUGGUCGUACGGCAUCGUUCUGUGGGAAACGUUCACUUUCGGCAAGCAACCUUAUUAUGGACAUACGAACGAGGAGGUGGUGAAAUUGAUCUUGCACGGCAUUCUCCUCACGGCGCCGGAGAAUACUCCCGCACAUAUUCGCGAGAUCAUGGUACGUUGCUGGAAAAGCGAUCCCCGUGAUCGACUCAGAUUCGCCGGCAUCUGCGAAAUACUCGAGGAAGGGUCGCUAGCGACGUCCACGAAGAUGAAAUCCGAUGACCUCAGCCUCGACAUGGAUGACUACCUACUUCCGGUGUGCGACACAUCGGAACUAUAA